CUGUAUGGUGUCAGGAACACUGAGCUGUGAGGAAAACAGCUCGCUGCAAGACCGUCUGGGCUCAGCAGGAAGUGCCGCCGUAUUUACUUCCAGGUCAACCUCAGACGUCAUGUGGACCAGAUGCCUGCUCUUCGUCUCGACCUUGUUUGCUUCCAUCGCCAUUGCCUUCGGCCGCGCCCCAAUCCCCAUGGCGGUGGUGCGGAGGGAGCUGUCCUGCGAGUCCUACCCCAUCGAGCUGCGCUGCCCGGGCACGGAUGUCAUCAUGAUCGAGAGCGCCAACUACGGCCGCACCGACGACAAGAUCUGCGACUCUGACCCCGCCCAGAUGGAGAACACCCGCUGCUACCUGCCCGACGCGUACAAGAUCAUGUCGCUCAGAUGCAACAACCGUACGCAGUGUGCGGUGGUGGCCGGGCCCGACGUCUUCCCCGACCCCUGCCCUGGCACAUACAAGUACCUGGAGGUCCAAUAUGAGUGUGUCCCAUACAAAGUGGAACAAAAAGUAUUUCUCUGCCCUGGCAUUCUGCGAGGAGUGUACCAAAGUGAGCAUCUCUUCGAGUCGGACCACCAGUCAGGCGCGUGGUGCAAAGACCCGCUGCAGGCCUCGGACAAGAUCUACUACAUGCCCUGGACGCCGUACCGCACGGACACGCUGACAGAGUACUCGUCAAAGGAGGACUUCAUCGCGGGCCGUCCCACCACCACCUACAAACUGCCACACCGGGUGGAUGGAACCGGUUUUGUCGUCUACGAUGGCGCGCUGUUCUUCAAUAAGGAGCGCACCCGCAACAUUGUCAAGUUCGACCUGCGCACCCGCAUCAAGAGCGGCGAGGCCAUCAUCGCCAACGCCAACUACCACGACACCUCGCCUUACCGCUGGGGAGGCAAGUCCGACAUCGACCUGGCGGUGGAUGAGAACGGGCUGUGGGUGAUCUACGCGACGGAGCAGAACAACGGGCGCAUCGUGGUGAGCCAGCUCAACCCCUACACCCUGCGCAUCGAGGGCUCGUGGGACACCAGCUACGACAAACGAUCCGCGUCCAACGCAUUCAUGAUCUGCGGAGUCCUGUACGUGGUCAAGACCGUCUACGAAGACGACGACAACGAAGGGACGGGGAACAAAAUCGACUACAUGUACAACACGGAUAAGAGCAAGGAGAUGACGGUUGGCAUACCUUUCCCGAAUUCCUACCAGUAUAUCGCUGCAGUGGAUUACAACCCAAGGGACAACCUGCUGUACGUGUGGAAUAACUACCACGUGGUCAAGUACUCGCUGGACUUCGGCAACAAUGACUAUCGCCCACCUCCCAUAAUGCCUCCUAAUCGCGGAGGAGGAGGAGGAGGAGGAGGAGGGGGGGGUCCAGUUGUCGGUGGCGGUUCAUCCUCUUCGUCUACCGGCCGCACCACCACCACUCGCUCCCCUCCCUACUACACCACCCCGCGGUCUAUCCUCACCACCUCCCCCGGCCAGCGCUUUCGAACCACCACCACGGUUCGCCAGCCCGCCCUGGCUCCCGCCGGCGGCUCGUCGUCUGACACCAACCAGAUUCCCGACACCAACCAGAAAGCUGGGGGGCGCUCCCCUCCGGUGCAGCCCCCUCCGGCGGCUCCGCAGCCCCCCGCCCUGCCUCCCCAAGACUUCUGCAAUCCGAGGGUGACGGCCGACAUAUUGUGGCCCCGGACGCAGCAAGGCCAUAUGGCCAAGCAGCCCUGCCCCGUAGGGACGCUGGGCGUGGCCACAUACGUGUGCGUGGCCCACUUGGGCUACUGGGAUCCUCAAGGCCCCGACCUCAGCAACUGCACGUCGCCUUGGGUCAACCACAUCAUGCAGAAACUCCGGUCGGGCGAGACGGCGGCAAUCGUGGCCAGGGAGCUGGCGGAGCAGACCAAAGGCCUCCUGCGCCCUGGCGACGUGCCGUCCACGGUGCGCGCCAUGGCCCAGCUGGUGGAGCUGCUGGACGUCCAGCUCAGGAACCUCACCCCCGGGGGAAAGGACAGCGCCGCCCGCAGCCUCACCAAGCUUCAGAAGAGAGAAAGGUCUUGCAGGUUUUUCACACAGGCUAUGGUGGAGACGGUGAAUAAUUUGCUGCAGCCGAGAGCCCAGGCGGCGUGGAGGGAACUGCCCAUCAGCGGGCAGCUACACUCGGCCACUCUUCUCCUCGACACGGUGGAGACUGGGGCUUUUAUGUUAGCUGACAACCUCCUCAAGACUGACACUGUGCAGGAGACCACUGACAACAUCCAGCUAGAAGUGGCCAGGCUAAGCACGGAGGGGAACCUUGCCGACCUGACAUUCCCUCAGUCAGAGCUACAUGGAAACGCCAUCCAGCUGUCAGCCAGCACCCUCAAGCAGCACGGCAGAAACGGGGAGAUCAGGAUGGCCUUCGUCAUGUACAGGAACUUAGGGGCCUACCUGUCCACGGAGAACGCAAGCGUCCGGCUGGGCAGCGAGGCGGUCUACCCCAAUUACUCCGUCAUCGUCAACUCCCCGGUCAUCACGGUGUCCAUCAACAAGGAGAGCAAUAAGGUGUACCUGUCCGAGCCCGUGAUCUUCACUGUCAAACACCUGCAGCAUUCGGAAGAGAACUUCAAUCCCAACUGUUCGUUCUGGAGCUACUCCAAGCGCACCAUGACGGGAUUUUGGUCUACCCAGGACUGUCGUCUGCUGGCCACCAAUCGCACGCACACCACCUGCUCCUGCACACACCUCACCAGCUUCGCGGUGCUCAUGGCCCACGUGGAAGUGAAGAAAUCGGACAGCAUGCACGACCUGCUGCUGGACGUCAUCACAUGGGUCGGGAUCCUGUUGUCGCUGGUGUGCCUGCUCAUCUGCAUCUUCACCUUCUGCUUCUUCCGCGGGCUGCAGAGUGAUCGCAACACCAUCCACAAGAACCUCUGCAUCAGCCUCUUCAUCGCAGAGUCACUGUUCCUGGUGGGGAUCAACAGGGCCGAUCAACCGAUUGCCUGUGCGGUCUUCGCGGCCCUGCUCCAUUUCUUCUUCUUGGCAGCCUUCACCUGGAUGUUCCUGGAAGGGGUGCAGCUCUACAUCAUGCUGGUGGAGGUGUUUGAGAGCGAACACUCCAGGACUAAGUACUUCUACCUGGCAGGCUACGGAGUGCCUGCUGUCAUAGUGGCCGUCUCCGCUGCAGUGGACUACAGGAGCUACGGCACCGACCGAGUGUGCUGGCUGCGAUUGGACACGUACUUUAUCUGGAGCUUUAUAGGCCCUGCUACGCUCAUCAUUAUGCUGAAUGUAAUCUUCCUCGGCAUCGCCCUUUAUAAGAUGUUCCAUCACACGGCCAUUCUCAAACCAGACUCUGGAUGUCUGGACAACAUCAAGUCCUGGGUGAUCGGGGCCAUAGCCCUGCUGUGUCUGCUGGGCCUGACCUGGGCCUUCGGCCUGAUGUACAUCAACGAGAGCACCGUCAUCAUGGCCUACCUCUUCACCAUCUUCAACUCCCUGCAGGGCAUGUUCAUCUUCAUCUUUCACUGCAUACUGCAGAAGAAGGUGCGCAAAGAGUACGGCAAAUGCCUGCGCACCCACUGCUGCAGCGGCAAGAGCGUGGAGACGUCCAUCUCCUCCUCCAGCAAGACCACCACGUCGCGGACGCCGGGCCGCUACUCCACGGGCUCACAGGUGAGCUUACCUGCCUGCACACCUGGACGCUACAGCACAGCAGACUCUCAGAGUCGCAUCAGGCGGAUGUGGAACGACACCGUGAGGAAACAGGAGUCCUCCUUCAUCACCGGAGACAUCAACAGCUCCGCCACGCUCAACAGAGGAGCCAUGGCUAAUCAUCUUAUAACUAAUGCUCUCCUUCGUCCCCAUGGUACUAACAAUCCUUAUAACACUCUCCUGGGGGACUCGGCAGUCUAUAACAACCCAGCCGUGGGCAUGUACAACACCCAAGCACCGUACCGAGACACAAAGGGUAUCCUGAACAACGCGAGAGACUCCAGCGUGAUGGAUACACUCCCUCUCAAUGGCAACAACGCCAACAACUACAGCAUGGCCAGCAGCGAGUACUUGAGCGACUGCGUCCAGAUUCUGGACCGUAGCGGCGGCUACGGCACCCACAGCAACCACAAGGAGACCACCCUGGAGAAGAAGAUCCUCAAGGAGCUGACCUCCAAUUACAUCCCGUCCUACCUCAACAACCACGAGAGGGCCACCACCGAGCGCAACCACAACCUGAUGAACAAGCUGGUGAACAGCAGCAUGGCCAACGGAGGGAGCAUGGCGGGAGGUAGCAGCAGCAGCAGCAGCAGUGGAGUUAGUGGGUGCGUGGGCAGCGGUAAAGAGGACAACGGGCCAAUGGUGCUGGACAACCCCGCAGCCUUCCCCCACGAGGAGAACCUGGGUUUGGAGAUCAUCAGGGAGGAGUCCAACGCCCCGCUCCUGCCGCCGCGGCCCCCUCCGCCCGACAGCCACCCGCCGCCUCCGCCACCGCCGCACAGCUUCUCCCGGCCGCGGCGCAUUCCCCAAGAGACCAGCGAGAGCUUCUUCCCCCUGCUGACCAACGAGCACACCGACGAGCACACGCAUUCGCCCAACCACAGAGACUCGCUGUACACCAGCAUGCCGGUGCUGACGGAACUUCCGGACGGGCAAGUGAACGGCUUAACGGACGGAGAGGAGGACAGCUCCGGCGAGCUGCAGCCCUGUAAGAGCGCCACCGCUCCAGAGCUGGACGACGUCUAUUACAAGAGCAUGCCAAACCUGGGCUCCAGGAAUCACCUCCACGACCUGCAGAGCUACUACCACAUGGGCCGCGGUGGCAGCGAUGGCUACAUGGUGUCCGGCAGCAAGGACGAGUCCGACUCGUCGCCCGAGGAGCCGCCAAUAGACCCUUCCCACCUGGUCACCAGUCUAUAGAGCCGACCGAGAGACUCCUAUCCCUCCCCAGCCCAUUCUCACACUUCCAAUCUUCCAACGAAAAACAUUCUGUGUUGUUGACCGACAGACUGAGCUGGCCCGCACCUGGAUCGAUAUACUGUGUGUGACAUUAACUGUGGCUCAUGACAAUAGGGUUGGGAAUUCACCGGUCUGAUGAAAGCGGGGACUGAAUGUAUUGUCACAAAUGGUGCCGAGCGAAAGGUCGGUUCUGAGAGACUUUUUAGGGAACAUCAAACAGAAACGGAACUUUAAACCCUGGAAAGGAGAGGAAGGGGGAGGGAUUCUGUAAUUUCACCCUACCUGUUACUUUGAUAUGGAAUCUUGGAUUGACCGUAGCCCUACAAGUUCCCCAAUAUGGACCUCUAGCAGAUCAUAGCGUAUAGUCUCCACUACCACCACAACGGGGGGGGGGGGGGGGGGGCGUGGCCCCCCAGCCCUGGUUUAAAAAGGAGCUGCCUGUCUGUUCGUCUGUCACUCCGUCUCACUCUUAAAGACACGUGCUGGGAUGAUGUUUCCACCUCAGAGCAGGGUAUUGAACUCCGGUGUCCGCGACAUAAACUGGCCUUGAAGAGGCCCCGCCCCACUACCUGCCAAUCAAGUGGAGGAUGUACGAUAUAUGCCCUCACGACCGAUCAUCCAAAGAACUAUUUUAUUGGGCAACCGAACUGUAACCAUAUCACGCCGAUGUUCUGAAUUCCCCUUCACUUUCGUAUCUGCUAAACUGGAGUUGUGUCUGGGCUGGUGUAACAUUCCUGCAAGUUGUCGUGAAAAACAAGGAAGGAAGAUCAUAUUACAACAGACUGAAUUGAAAAAAAAAAAAAAAAAAGGAAAAAAGAAUGGGUUCUGUUUCUUCUCCUUUCUUCUGUAAAAGUUUUCAGUUAUCAAAGGAUUAUAAAGAAUUCACAAACUGUUUCUAUGUAUUGUACAGAAUACAGAUACAGAUACAAAUGUUGCGUAUGACCAAGUCUUUUAUUUUUUUGAACUUCUUUUUAAGUUGCAAACCUUUUGUCCGCGGAGCUGUUCUGAAACGUCACGAGGAGUUCUGGUCACGUGUAGAUGGCAGAACGAGCGAGGAACAAUUUGUCUUUGUCGUUCCUUUCGGUAAACGCAGAGACAGUUAAGCACUCCUUAAUUAAUAUGCAUAUAUCCCACGCCCACUUCAUUCUGGUCCUUUUAUAGCCACACCACUGUCACUUACAUUUUUGCAAAUCAGCUGUUAUCAUAUGCUUUACCACUGUGUAGAUGGAAAACUAAAGAGGCAAUGAAGUGGCUAAAUUAUGAAAGAGGCGGUUGCUAUGGAAAUGCUGCCAUUUAGUCUUUGCUGGAAGUGGGUCUCAUCUCAUUUGUUCUUGAAUAAAGCGUUUCCUUCCUUUAGGCACAAGCCUGGGUGAAGUUUUGUUUUUUUGUUGUUUUACAGAGAUAGCAGAUAUUUGGAGCAACGCAAGAAUGGUUUAUGAAGCAUACCCUCUCUAUUGCCAAAUGUUCUACCAAUUGAUAUUACCUUGCUGUGCUGGUUGAGCUUGUAUAGAAGAAGAAUGCUGAGGAUAAUGAAAUGUCAUUCUCUUAAACUAAAAAGGAAGAAAAUGUCCGCUAUUUGAAAGAAUGCCAUAAAUACACCGUAUAUAUGUGACCUGAAGAUGUGAAAACUCUGCACACGGUAGCACUGUCCAAUGUGGAAAGCCAAUGUUUACUUAUUUAGGAGAAGAAGAAAAAAAAAAUCAUAAGUGUAUGAAGUGUAGCUUGCACAUGUAUCCCACAAGCCCCCCUCCAUGUCCCCGAGAGAAAUUAUUUAUUUAUCUGUUUAUUGGUUUGAAGGCGGCAAAACAGGCUUGGAGGAGAGAACGCUGGCUUUAGGCAGGAGUAAAUAAAAGGGCACUGGGUUUGUUUUAUGGCUCUUUUUUUUUUAAAUUAUUAUGAUCAUGAUUAUAAUUACAAUAUUAUUGCUAAUUAUUUAUUCUUUUUGUAUGGGUUCCAAGUUGAAUGAUCUCAUAACUAAUAUUUGUUGUAACAGUGAAAGUUGUUUGCCAACAAAUAAAUUACUGACAUAG